AUGUCAAAUACUGAUUUAUUUAAUGCCGAUGAAAGAAAGGUUUACGAUGCAGUCAUCAUCGGUGCCGGUGUAAUUGGUCCAUGCAUAGCCACUGCACUAGCCAGAAAGGGUAAGAAAGUCCUUAUUGUUGAGAGAGAUUGGGCUGAACCUGAUAGAAUUAUCGGGGAAUUGAUGCAUCCAGGUGGUAUUAGAGCUUUGAGAUCUCUAGGUAUGGUUCAAGCUAUUAACAAUAUCGACGCCAUUCCUGUCACUGGUUAUACCGUCUUCUACAAUGGGGAAAAAGUUGAUAUUCCAUACCCUUACAAAGCUGAUUUGGAACCAGUUGAAAAAUUAAAAGAUUUAGUCAAGGAUGGUAAUGACCAAGUCCUAGAAGAUGCUACAAUCCAUAGAAAGGACUUCGAAGACGGUGAAAGGGAAAGAGGUGCCGCUUUUGUUCACGGUAAAUUCUUAACUAAUUUAAGAAAUAUGGUUGCUAAGGAAUCAAAUAUUACUCGUCUCCAAGGUAAUGUUAUCGAAGUCCUAAGAAACGAAAAAAGAGAAGUCAUCGGCUGUAAAGUAGAUAUCGAAAAUCGUGGAAAAGUCGAUUUUAAAGGUCAUUUAACCUUUGUAGUUGAUGGUAUCUUUUCACAUUUCAGAAAGGAAUUAAGAGACGACCACAUUCCUGCUAAGGACUCUUCAUUUGUCGGUAUGGCUUUAUACCACGCAAAGAUGCCAACUCCAAAUCAUGGCCAUGUUAUCUUAGGACCCCAACACAGCCCUGUUAUCUGUUACCAAGUUAGUCCAGAAGAAACUAGAAUCCUAUGCGCUUACAAUUCAACAACUUUACCAAAAGACUUGAAAUCUUGGAUGGCUAAGGACGUUCAACCAUAUAUUCCUGAAUCGUUAAGACCUUCUUUCGAUACUGCAUUGGCUGCCGGAAAGUUCAGAUCUUUACCAAAUUCUUACCUACCAGCUAAAAUUAAUGAUGUGAUGGGUUUAUGUGUCAUUGGUGAUGCUCUAAACAUGAGACACCCCUUAGGUGGUGGUGGUAUGACUGUCGGUUUACAAGAUGUAGUCUUAUUGAUAAAGAAGAUUGGUGACCUAGAUUUCUCUGAUCGUACAACAAUCUUAGAUGAAUUAUUAGAUUUACAUUACGAUAGAAAGAGUUAUGCUCCUGUUAUAAACGUCCUUUCAAUUGCUUUGUAUGCACUUUUCGCUGCUGAUAGUGACAAUUUGAGAGAUUUACAAAGAGGAUGUUUCAGAUACUUCCAAAGAGGUGGCGAUUGUGUAGAUACUCCUAUAAAAUACUUAGCCGGUGUAAACCCACAUCCCUACCAAUUGACACGCACAUUCUUUGCUGUCGCCCUAUAUACAAUUUAUCUCAAGUUUGAAGAACGUGGCUUCCUUGGAUUACCAGUUGCAUUACUAGAAGGUAUUAUGAUUUUAAUCACAGCUGUGAAGGUUUUCACUCCAUACUUGCUAGGUGAAAUAAUGGGAUAG